GUGUGUGUGUGUGUGUGUGUGUGUGUGUGUCAUCUCUUUACACACACCUUUUACAUAACAGUCACGGUGUCACUUGUUUAGACUGUAAGAAUGUCACUGUGUGGAUUUUUCUUAACAUGGCUUUUUAUCUUUUUUGCUCUGUUUCUCCAAACCUGCGUGGGCGGAGCUUUGGGUCAGAAGCCUCCUCCCUCCCCGGAGCUGGUGCAGUUGUCCACAGGUGUGUCCUCAGAUGUGUCCUCAGGUCUGUCCUCGGGUGUGUGGAUUCGGUGUCAGGCGCCUCCGGGUCACAGCGGCAGAGUGUUUGAGUUGUACCGCGUGCGCUCACUCGUGGACUCGCGGCGGUUCGACACAGAGCACUCGCACGCCGACUUCCGGCUCAACACCGACGGUGCAAACACGGAGAUCUACUGCUGCCGCUACGACCUCAGCAUGUACAGCCCCUACACCCGGCUCCACCCACCUUCACGCCCUUCCACACCCCUUGCUCCUCCUCAGCUCUCAGUCAAACCUCCAGAUGGGCGUGUCCAGCGUGGUCAGGUGAUAGAGUUCCAUUGUCAAGCCCUGCCCACACCUGUCCCUGUGGCAUUUGUCCUCCAGAAACAACAUGGAGAGGGUGAGGAAAUUCAGUUCGUGAGCCAUUCCACAAAUCCUCAGUUCUGGGUGGGACCAGUGGGCGUGGCUGAUAGGGGCAUGUACACCUGCUUCUACGUGGUAAACAUACCUCAGGGGAAUCAAAGCUCCGCCCCCAGCGCACCUGUCUCUGUUACUGUACGAGUUGAUCUCCCAGCUCCACUGUUAUCUGAGGGAGAAGAGGGGGUGCUAGUGUGCACCGGGUCGCCCUCCUACCCUGGGGCUCAUUUCUCCCUGUUCCAACAGGGAUCCUCGCUGCCGUUAGCAACACAGUCCGCCCAAAACAUUCAACACAUAGUGCAGUUCGCUGCAGCAGGACGGCGGAGGAAAGGGGGCGGGUACCAGUGUCAGUACAGUGUGCUACUGGGUAACAACUGGGAACAUUCUGAACUCAGCAGCCCCAUCACCCUGACCUGUAUUACAGGAUCUCCUUCCUGCAGCCCAUCUUCCACGGAUACGCAUACUCCACACACGGGUUCAGUGGACGUGGCGUUGGUGUGUGGCUCCGUCUCGGCUGCGCUGCUCUUCCUCAUGGUGCUCAUCGUCCUGGCUUUAGGGAUACGAAAAUAUGCUAAGAUAGCAGCCAAUAAAAAGAGACAAAGGGAACAGGAGCAGUUCUGGCAGCAGGUCCACCGCAGGGACCACGUCGUCGAUCUCACACUACAGAGAAUCAGCACUGGCUCCAAGGAUGAAGGAGGAGGGUCUGAGCCCAUCUACGACUGUCCCCUCAGCACCUUCACCCGCCCACCUGGAUACUGACUGUCUCACCCUCUGUCCCUCUGUCUGUCUUUUGGCCACAGUGUGGUGUGAGAGCUCCACACACACGCAGAGACAGGUACAGCACACCUGAGUGGGAGGAGCUUGCAGAUAUAGUGACUGAGCUUUGGUUUGCAUGUAGAUUUACACUUCUGUGUCUUUCUGGCAAAACAGGCAAGCACACACAGACACACACACACACAUACACACACAUACACACACACACAUACACACAGCUCAGACUUUCUCUUUUUCUUUCUAAACAUUCAUCUCAUUCGCUCUCUCUCUCUCUCUGUAGCAUUUGCACAAUUUGUAUUUUUUGUUAUUUUGUAUUUAAGGUGCUUAUUUUGUUUAAGAAUAAAAUAAAUAAUAUUAAUGCUUUGUUAAUAAUUAGUUCAUGAUUUAUGGUUGAUUUUAAACACACACAUACACACACACACAACAGGAAGUACAGAC